AUGACGCAUAAGAUCAGCUUGGUGCCUGGUGGCUGCACUGGGGGAUGCGAGGCCGAGAUGGCGGCGCUGAAAGGACGAGUGGCCCGACUAGAAAGAGAGAUGUCGUCUCUGAAAGAUAAAUGUCCCUGUUCUGCAAACUGUCCACAUGACUGUAGUGGCAAUGGGGAAUGUGAGAAGGGCAAAUGUGUCUGCCAACAGGGAUUCACAGGUGUAGACUGCAGUAGGUGCACACAAGGAGCAGAGUGUAACAAAAGUAAGUGAAAGUCUGCGCUGUUAUUAGAUAAUGAUGUUUUCUUUGGCCAUUGACUAACUUCAAGUCUCUACUCUGCAAUUACAGAAGCUGCCAAAGGGAAGGCCAGGCUAACAGUGGAGACAGUGACCCUGCAGGGAUCAAAGAUUCACAGAGUAACUGCAAUCACAGGUCCUGAGCCUGCCACAGAGAUGGUUUUCAGCAAUGUAACCGAGUCUUCUUUUGCGGUCUCCUGGUCCAAACCAAAGACAGUGUUCACAGGCUUCAGGGUUGUAUACACCAACAUCAUCACAGGGGAGAGCCGCUUUGUGAUGGUGGAUUCUCAGAAGUCCCAUGUUGUUCUGUCCGAGUUGUCUGCCGGAUCCUCCUACCUAAUCACUGUAACUGCCACACUUGGUCGAGCCCAGAGUGACGGUCUCACAUCCGUCAUCACCACAGUGCCUGCCCCUCCAACACAUCUUCAAGUUGUCAAUGUGACAGACACCAGAGCUGUGCUGCAGUGGACACCCAGUCUGGGGAAAGUAGACCGCUUCAUCAUCAGCUAUGAGUCCUCCAAGACUCCUAAUGUCACAGUGACCGUGAUGCUGUCAGGAAACUCAGUGGAGCACCAGCUCAGAGGCCUGCAGAGGGGAACCCUGUACAUGGUCAAAGUGCUGAGCCAGAAGGACAGUCUCCAGAGCAUGGCCAUCGCAACUACGUUCACGACUGCAAAUGUGGUGAAAGCCAGCGAGGUGGGCGCUCGCUCUGCAGUGAUCACUUGGAGGUCCACCGUCAUUUACCACAGCUACAGAGUCAUCUAUCAGGUGGCAGGAGAGGAGACAAAGGAGCUGAUCCUGGAGCCCACCCUUACAGAGUACAGGCUCGCGGGCCUGCUGCCUAUGUCACGCUACAUCGUUGUGGUUCAAGGCGAGAGAGAUGGACAAUACACGUCUGUUGUCACCACAGAAUUCAUCACAGGAAAACUGCGUUUCCCUUACCCCACCGAGUGCUCUCAGGAGCUGCUGAACGGAGCUCUGCAGUCAGGAGAGGUGGACAUCUACCCACAAGGGAAAGAGGGUCGAGCAGUGAGAGUCUACUGUGACAUGGAGACAGAUGGAGGCGGCUGGACGGUGUUCCAGAGGAGAAUGAAUGGAAAAACUGAUUUCUACAGAACCUGGAGUGAAUACAGCGCUGGAUUCGGAAACCUGAGUGAAGAAUUCUGGCUCGGAAACGAGCUCCUGCACAACCUGACCAGCGUCGGCCCUGUGAGUUUGAGAGUGGAUAUGCGAUCUGGAAAUGACACCGCUUACGCUCACUAUGCCAACUUCUCCAUCGACUCAGAGGAGAGGCAGUAUACUCUUAUAGUGUCUGGCUACACAGGAACAGCAGGUGACUCUAUGAAGUACCACAAUGGACGUCCGUUCUCAUCCCGAGACAAGGACCCUGAUCCUCUGGGCAUCCACUGUGCCAGGGCCUACAUGGGAGGCUGGUGGUACAAGAACUGCUACAAGACCAACCUCAACGGACUUUACGGCAGCAGCAGCAAUAAUCAGGGAGUAGUCUGGAUAGACUGGAAAGGUAAAGACUCCUCCAUCCCCUUCACCGAGAUGAAGUUCAGGCCCUCCAGGUUCUCUCCUGCAACUCACGGCUAAAGGUGCAUCAGCGUCCGUGAGCU